AUGCAAUUCAAGCUCGUUGCUGCUACUGUCGCCUCUUUGGCUCUCUCUGGCGUUCUCGCAGUACCAACAGAAAACAUUGUUGCUCGAGAAAUCAAUGCUCAAAAUGCCGAGAUGUCCCAACUAGUCACCAAGGCCAAACAAGCCGGGGACUCUGAAGCAGAAAUCUUCAACAAGUUCGGCGCAGAGUUCAAGCAGGCAUAUGAGACGAACUUCGGUGCAGACAAACUGGCGAAUGCGAAGAUCCCUACCAUGGAGGACUGGAAACAGCUCAAAGCCAAUGCGCUGGCGAAGCAGCAACAACAACAGGGCGCCACCCAGAGCACCAACAACAAAGACUCCAACAGCAUUCAGCAGCGCGAUGCCGAAGCCAAUGCACAGUGCUGGCCAAACUGUGGCGGUAGCUGGCUCAACUGGCCAUUCGCUAACGGCUGCCAAAGUUUCUUGCCCUAUUGGGGCUACGCCGAUUAUUGGGACCACAACCCACUCAACUGGCUCACAUGCUGGGGAGCGUAUCCACUUGGAGGCUACAAUUGGGGCUCCUACUAUGCCAGCGGCGGCAUCGGCAUUAACGCGAACCUUGGCCUCGGUGGACUCAACGUCGGCUUGGGGCUGGGUAUCAAUCUGUGA